UCGCGUAUCAUACGGGCGUCACUUGAUGGCUGCUCGACUGCGAGGAUUUGCUGUGAUCUUCACGGUUCGAUUGAUUGAUUCCAGGCGUGCUGUAGAGAACCGCAUUGACUGACCUGGAUCUGAAGCAUACGUCAUGCGCAUUGAUGGAGACUACCCAGGACGGCGCCGAACAUCCAACGCCGACGUUAUGUGUCGCAGAUGACCGACUGCCUACGAUGUAUCUGGACACGAAGAGGCAGUCAUGUUGGGGGGCCAACGAUUCUUGCUGUGAAUCAUGCUUGCAGUGCGCCACAGACACGGUGCAGGUGGGCACCGCUCCCGCCCCGUCAAAGAGUUGCACCUUCGAUACACAACCCCGCCACCUGCGCAGGCACGAGGCCAAACGCGACUGGCAAAGUCGACGCGUGGUUCGAUGGGGCCUUAGCGCGUUGGUAGGGGGCAGUCACGAUCCUGCCCGACACAUUCCUUGGUGGUCGUACAAACUCCCACCUCGCAAAUUGCCAGGACAUCGCUUCAACAACCCUUUGGAAUGUAGAUGGCUUUUACUGCCGGAUGGCUAUUGUCGCGUUUACCGAAAUACUGUCGAUCUGACAGCUCGACAGCUGCAUCGUCUCAUUUCUGCUACACCGCAUCGUCCUCAGUCGAGGGUUUUUGUUCGGUUUCUCAACUUUCGUUUCGUUACGUUCUCAUACAACACUACUGUCGAGAAAUAGCGCCUGCCCCCACGAAAUGCCCUCGCCAUUGGCACUUCCCUGAGUCCUGCGCCAGUGUGUUUGAAUACCAUCGCUGAAUCAACGGUUCCAAGAGCGCUGCCUCCAAACCACACAGCAAUCCACAUGGCGAGACUAAACCGACUCAGUCGCAUAAGCGACAAAUCGCUUCCAGAUCCUCCCACGACAGAGCCAAAGCUGGUUGCGUUCAAGAAGAAGAAGAACCCAGCCCCUCAGCGGCAACUAAGCUUACUAGCAAUAACAAUCAUCUUGAACAUCCUACUCUGGACCUCCAUCGUUUGCGCAAUGAUCGCUUUCUUCCAGAUUGCAUCCGAUUCUGCAGACCAUUCCAACAUACUCCCUGGUGUGUUGACGCUCAUCU